GAAUUCCCCGUCGUUUUCACUCCCAAAUUUGAACACAAGAUGCUGAGCUGCCGCAUUGCCGCUUCUGCCGCGCGCAACGUCGCUGCUGCCUCUGCGCUCACGAGUGCUCAGCGUGUGGCAUCGCGCUCAUCAGUGACUGCAGUCGCCGCAGUCUGCUCUGCUGCUGCUCCUCGUGCCGCUGUCGCUGCUCCCCGUGCUGCUGCUACGCGAUCCUUUGCCACCAUCGCUCGCCCAGUGGCUGCCUCGGCCUCGGCCUCGACCCCGGCAUCGCUCGAGCCCCUGGACUCGUUCGAGCGCCGCCACAUUGGUGUCACCACCGAAUCGGACGUCAAGACCAUGCUCGACGCCUGCAAGGUGGACUCGCUCGAACAGCUCAUCGACAAGACCAUCCCGGCUGGCAUUCGCCUCCACCGCGAGUUGGCCAUUGGCGCGGCCCAGUCAGAGUCAACGCUCCACAAGACCCUCAAGUCGAUCGCCUCCGAGAACAAAAUCUUCCGCUCGUACAUUGGCAUGGGCUACUACAACACGCUCACACCCCCCGUCAUCCAGCGCAACGUGAUUGAAAACCCCGGCUGGUACACCCAGUACACCCCUUACCAGCCAGAGGUCUCGCAGGGCCGCCUCGAGUCGCUCCUCAACUACCAGACCCUCGUUGCAGACCUGACCAAGCUGCCCUUCCCCAACGCCUCGCUCCUCGACGAGGCCACUGCCGCCGGCGAAGCCAUCACCAUGGCCUUUGUCAACUCUGGCAGCAAGAAGCCCCGCUUUGUCGCCGAUGCCGCCAUCAACCCCCAGACGCUCGCCCUCUUGCGCACCCGCGCCGAGCCGCACAAGAUUGAGGUCGUCACUGCCGACGUCCUCAAGUUUGACUUUUCUGCCAACGACGUCUGCGGCGUCCUCGUCCAGUACCCCACCCUGUCUGGCGACGUGCACGACUACUCGGCCCUUGCCGAGCGUGCCCACAAGGCUGGCGCGCUUGUCGUUGCCGCAACCGACCUCCUCGCUCUCACCGUCAUCAAGGCUCCCGGCGAAUGGGGCGCGGACAUUGCCCUCGGCAACGCCCAGCGCUUUGGCGUCCCGCUCGGCUACGGUGGCCCCCACGCCGCCUUCUUUGCCGUCUCGGAGAAGCUCGUUCGCAAGAUGCCCGGCCGCAUCGUCGGUGUCUCGCGCGACGCGUCCGGCAACGGCGCCUACCGCCUCGCCCUCCAGACCCGCGAGCAGCACAUUCGCCGCGAGAAGGCCUCGUCCAACAUUUGCACGGCGCAAGCUCUGCUGGCCAACAUGUCGGCCAUGUACGCCGUCUACCACGGCCCCGCCGGUCUCCGCAAGAUUGCCGAGCGCGUCCACCGCCUGACUGGCAUCUUUGCCGAGGCUGUCGCCCACCACGGCCACACGGUCGUCAACAAGACCUUCUUUGACACGCUGCUCAUCAAGACCUCCGUGCCUGCCGCUCAAAUCAUCAGCCGCGCCGUCGAGCACGGCAUCAACCUCCGCACGGUCGACGCUGCCCACGUCGGCGUCUCCCUUGACGAGACUGUCACCCGCGACGACCUUGUCCACCUGCUGAGCGUCUUUGCCCUCCAAGGUGGCGAGCCCGCCCCGAUUGCCGCCAUCGACGCCGCCGUCGCCCAACGCGGCCCCGCUUACAGCGCCGUCGCUCGCACCAGCGCCUACCUCACCCACCCCAUUUUCAACUCGCACCACUCUGAGACCAUGAUGCUGCGCUACAUCAAGUCCCUCGAGAACAAGGACAUUUCCCUCGCUCACUCGAUGAUCCCGCUCGGCUCGUGCACCAUGAAGCUGAACGCCACCUCGGAAAUGUACCCCGUCACCUGGCCCGAGUUCAACUCGCUCCAUCCGUUCGCCCCCGUCGCACAGGCGCAAGGCUACGCUCGCAUGUUUGAGCAGCUCGAGCGCGACCUCGUCGAGAUUACCGGCUACGACGCCGUCUCUCUGCAGCCCAACUCUGGCGCCCAAGGCGAGUACGCCGGCCUCCGCGCCAUCAUGGCCUACCUCAAGGACAUUGGCCAGGGCCACCGCCACGUCUGCCUCAUCCCCGUGUCGGCCCACGGCACCAACCCUGCCACCGCUCAGAUGGUCGGCAUGACGAUCGAGACCGUCGCCACCGACGCCAACGGCAACGUCGACAUUGCCGAUCUCCGCGCCAAGGCUGAGCAGUUCAAGGACCACCUUGCCGCCAUCAUGAUCACCUACCCCUCGACGUUCGGCGUGUUUGAGGAGGGCAUUCGCGAAGUUUGCGACAUUAUUCACAAGAACGGCGGCCAGGUCUACCUCGACGGUGCCAACAUGAACGCCCAGGUCGGUCUCUGCCGCCCUGGCGAUUAUGGCGCUGACGUGUCCCACCUGAACUUGCACAAGACCUUCUGCAUUCCCCACGGCGGCGGUGGUCCCGGCAUGGGCCCCAUUGGUGUCAAGAAGCACCUCGCUCCCUUCCUGCCCAACCACCCCGUCGUCAGCGUCGGCGGCAAAAAGUCGUUCGGUGCCGUCUCGGCGGCUCCCUGGGGCUCGUCCUCGAUUCUGCCCAUUUCCUGGUCGUACAUUCGCAUGAUGGGCGGCUCGGGUCUUGCCCAGGCCACCCGCAUUGCCAUUCUUAACGCCAACUACCUCCAGGCGCGCCUCAAGUCGCACUACAAGAUUCUCUACACCAACAAGAACGGCUUCUGCGCCCACGAGUUCAUCCUCGACACGCGCCCAUUCGCCAAGUCGGCUGGCAUUGAGGCCAUCGACAUUGCCAAGCGUCUGCAGGACUAUGGCUUCCACGCCCCGACCAUGUCCUUCCCUGUGGCUGGCACGCUUAUGAUUGAGCCCACCGAGAGCGAGUCCAAGGUCGAGCUCGACCGCUUUGUCGAUGCUUUGAUUAGCAUCCGACAGGAAAUUGCCGACGUCGAGUCUGGCAAGGCCGAUCGCGAGAACAACGUCCUCAAGAACUCGCCUCACUCCCUCCGCCACGUUACUGCUUCCGAGUGGAACCACCCUUACACUCGCGACCAAGCCGCGCACCCGCUUCCCUACCUGCGCAAGAACAAGUUCUGGCCGUCUGUCUCGCGUAUUGAUGAUGUCUUUGGCGACCGUCGUCUGCAAGUGACUCGCGCUGCCAAUGACAUUUAAGCAGUUGUUUUUUUGGGAGCUGUCGGUUUUUUUUUUCCGUUGUUUGUUACAAAAUACAAGGCUUUGUGUGUUAA